AUGAAACCGCGGUAUGCGACAUUGCAGGCGGGUCAACACAAGUCAGGUCACAUCAGAGCCGGGCCAAAUGAAGGAAUUUUGUUCUUUGACAAUGUCUUUCCGUUAAGGAUCCAAAAGAUCUUAGGUGUUCCAUUCGCAUCUCAUGACAAACCGCCCAAUUUUCUCAACUACUUCAUCCGCCCCAGCAUCACGGGGAUCGAUCCCAAGCAGGUCAUCGAAGAGGCCAGCAGUAAAAAGAGUAUACCUAUCACAGCUUCCGAGGUUUUUCUGCGGCUCAAAGAAGGAGGCGCUUUUGUCAAGUUCAGCCAUGAUGGAAGCACGUCAACUGCCGAGGUUGAGGAGGCACUGAAGCAGUACCUGAAGGAUGAGAAAAUCAAGCCAUGGUGGAGCCCCUUUAGAAGAAUGCGCGUGAACUUAGUUAAGGGUCGACCUUGGGUUGAGGAUCUCUUCCGAUUCCCUACACCACGGCUAAAGGUUGAGUUUAUUCCUUCAGAGCCUGGAGCGGAGGCUGUAGAGCUUUCGCAGGAACAACUCUAUACGUUCUUCAGGCCUUAUGGGAAGUUAGGAGAUAUCCUGCCACAGUCAUUUGACUCCAAGGUCAUGCCAAGAUAUGCCUAUCUAGACUUUGCAGCAAGACCAAGGGCUAUCAUGGCAAAGAACUGCAUGCAUGGAUACUUUGUUUCCGAGGCCGAAGGGGGAGGGAAGACAGGAACGGUGCUAAGGCUCACUUAUGAGCAAAAAAUCAAGCCUCAUUGGAUCCGAGAUUGGCUUGUCAACCAUCCGAGGAUUGUGAUUCCCGUCAUUGCAGCGAUCAUUGCCGGUAUCACUGUUGCAGUCUUUGACCCCAUCCGAACAUUCUUUAUCAAGGCACACAUCACAAGGGUAUGGCAUAUCCAAGACAACAAAAUCUACAAGUGGAUCAAAGGCUAUGCGACGGACAUCUUCCGAUUUCACCGCCGCCCCGAUGACGAACACGGCAUGGAAGCAGUCUGGGACGACCGAAAGGGGAACAUUGAGCAGAUCCAAACUUGGCUUAUGGAGACUGCAGAUACAUUUAUCAUUGUUCAGGGCCCUCGCGGCUCAGGAAAGCGAGAGUUGGUUAUCGAUCAAGCGCUCAAGCACAAGAAGCACACAGUUAUAAUUGACUGCAAGCCCAUACAAGAAGCUCGCGGUGACAGUGCUACGAUCAAUGCUGCUGCUGCAGAGGUUGGCUAUCGCCCUGUGUUCUCAUGGAUGAACAGCAUCAGCGGUAUGAUUGAUAUGGCAGCCCAAGGUGCUACUGGCGUCAAGACUGGCUUCUCGGAGACUCUCGACUCCCAGCUCGCAAAGAUUUGGAACAACACGGCAACUGCACUGCGGCAGAUUGCGCUGAAUAGCCGCCAUAAGGAAGACAGAGAUGCUCACAUUGGAGAUGAUGAAUGGCUUGAGGCUCAUCCUGAGCGGAGGCCUGUGGUUGUAAUCGACAACUUUUUACACAAAAGUCAAGAGGGCGGGCUUGUGUAUGACAAGAUUGCUGAAUGGGCCGCGCGUCUGACCACUGCAAACAUUGCUCACGUCAUAUUCCUUACCAACGACGUCUCAUUCAGUAAGUCUCUCUCAAAAGCCCUUCCUGACCGCGUUUUCCACCAAAUCUCGCUCUCCGACUGUACUCCCGAAGUAGCCAAGAAGUUUGUGAUCACCCACCUCGACGCCGAUGUCGAGGAUGAUCCAGAGCCUAAAGAUGGCUCACACAAAAUGAUUCCUUCACAAGCUCGCACCGACCUCGCUGAGCUAGACUCUUGCAUUGACCUUCUCGGCGGCCGUCUCACUGACCUCGAAUUCCUUGCCCGAAGAAUCAAGACAGGAGAAACACCCACCAAAGCCGUACAUGAAAUAAUCGACCAAUCCGCCUCCGAGAUCCUGAAAAUGUAUAUCCUAGGCUCCGACGGCUCCGACGACUCCUCUCGUCGCUGGACGUCCGAGCAGGCUUGGCUCCUCAUUAAACAACUCGCUGCCGAAGAAACCCUCCGAUACCACGAAGUCCUUAUUUCAGACAUAUAUAAAUCCUCGGGGGAGUCUGUCCUGCGCGCCCUCGAGCAAGCCGAACUCAUCAGCAUCGUGUCUGGACCCAACGGCCGUCCCGCAAGCAUCAAGCCCGGAAAGCCAGUUUACCAAUCUGCAUUCAGGAGACUGACGGAAGAUAAAGUGUUGCGGAGUCGACUCGACUUAGCGAUCUUCACGGAUCUAACUAAAAUCGAGAAUGCGACGAUUGACAAGUGUGAGAAUGAAUUGCUGCUGAUGAGUAAGCUGAAGAGUCAACCCGCGCAGAUGACGCCGAGGAUUCAGUAUUUGUUGGCAAAGUUGGCAGUGAGUCAGGCAAAGAUUGAGCAGUAUGAGAACGAGAGUAAAGUGUUGAAGAAGGUGCUCGGGGAAGAGUAUUAG